UAUUUUUAGUUUUCAGCAAUUUCUACAUUAAUUUCUCAGUUGUUUCAAUAAUUUUGGGCAACGUUGACGGUAAUUCGAAGGAUUUUUGUACGUUUUUAAUAAUUUAAUUAAUAUUAAAAUUUAAUAAAUUAUUUCAAUAAAAUGAGAAUUUUCCAAUUACAAAAAAUUGGUAAACACUUUGGUUACCAUAAAAAUGUUCUUCAAGUUGCCACAAAAACAAUUGGGGCAAAUUUUCAUACAACUUCAACUCGUUUAAAUGAUCUUUUGAUUGAUUCAUCAGAAUAUAGUUUUUUGAAAGAUAUUGGUUUAGAAUCAACAAAUUGUGGUGUAUAUAACGGUUCAUGGAAAGGUACUGGACAUAUUAUUAAGGCAAUAGAUCCUGGCACUGGUAAGACUAUAGCUAAUGUAAAAUGUGGAAGUCCAACUGAAAUGGAAGAAUGCUUAGCUGUUGGAACGAAAGCAGCAAAGGAUUGGGCAAAUGUUCCAGCACCUGUACGUGGUGAAAUUGUACGUCAAAUUGGUGAUGAAUUGCGUAAAUAUAAAGAUCAGUUAGGUAAAUUAGUUAGUCUUGAAGUUGGUAAAAUUGCUAGUGAAGGACAAGGUGAAGUGCAAGAAUUCAUUGACAUUUGCGACUAUGCUGUCGGUUUAUCACGAAUUUAUUCAGGACAAGUAAUACAAUCUGAAAGAAAAUCUCAUACAAUUCUGGAAAACUGGAGACCUUUAGGUUUAAUUGGUGUUAUUUCCGCUUUUAAUUUUCCAAACGCAGUAUUUGGAUGGAAUGCUGCUAUUGCUAUGGCUGUUGGUAACUCCGUCCUUUGGAAAGGUGCUUCAACUACUUCUUUAGUUUCAAUAGCAACGACAAAGAUAGUAACAGAAGUUUUAAAAAGAAAUAAUUUACCACCAGUUAUUACACUAUGUCAAGCAGGCUCAUCUGUUGGAAAUCAAAUGGUAACAGAUGAACGUGUUAAACUGUUAUCUUUUACAGGAAGUUGUGGAACAGGUCGCACAAUUGGUAUGGAAGUCCAAAAGCGUUUUGGAAAAGUUAUCCUUGAACUGGGUGGAAACAAUGCAUUAAUAAUUGACGAAAACGCAAAGCUUGAUUUAGCUUUAGAUGCAGCCUUAUUUGGCUGCAUUGGUACAUCCGGGCAAAGAUGUACUACUACUAGAAGAAUCAUAAUUCAUGAAAAAGUAUAUGAUGAAUUUGUAAACCGUUUGGUAGGAAAAUAUCAAAGAGUUAUGACAAAACUAGGACAUCAAUUGGAUCCAAACACACUUUAUGGACCAGUUCACACAGAGGGAACAGUUAAAGAUUAUAAGGAGACAAUAGAAGAAGCAAAAACAGCUGGUGGAAAAAUUGAAUUCGGCGGCAAUGUAAUUAAAAAACCAGGUUUUUACGUGGAACCUACGAUAAUAUCUAAUCUGCCACAUAAUUCUGUAUGUGUACAUAAAGAAACAUUCGCACCUAUUGUAUAUGUGUUGAAAACUAAAUCAAUCGAUGAAGCAAUUAGUUGGAAUAACGAGGUAGAACAAGGACUUUCAUCAUCGUUAUUUACUGAAAAUAUAUCAAAUGCAUUUAAAUGGAUUGGACCAAAUGGCUCUGAUUGUGGUAUUGUUAAUAUAAAUACAACGACAAAUGGUGCUGAAAUAGGUGGAGCGUUCGGUGGUGAGAAACAAACUGGUGGUGGUCGUGAAUCUGGCUCUGAUUCAUGGAAACAAUACUGUACAAGAGCUACUAUUACAAUUAAUCAUUCUGGUGAAAUUGCACGAGCACAAGGUGUUGAAUUCGAUGUGUAGAUAAAUUCAUUGCAAUAGCCCACUUUAAUUGUCUUAAGUAAAUAUAAUACUUUUUUAACUAUAAUAAAAAUAAUUUUAUAUACAACAUACAACAGGAA